CCCGCAAUCUCUGAGGCACUGUGCUGCCUGCUGGUUGCACACAGGACACGCCAUGAAGCUGGCCCUCCUGCCAUGGAUUAUGAUGCUGCUGGUGACAAUCCCAGGCCCCAGGCCCACAGCAGGCAACCCAAGGAGCUGCUCCCUGCGCUGUGGGGAACAGGAAGGCCUCUGCUCUUGUCAUCCAACCUGCAUGGGCCUCCACAACUGCUGUGAAGACUUUCUGAACUAUUGCCUAGAGAUCUCACCCUCCUCAGGCUCCAUGAUGGGGGGCAAAGACUUCGUGGUGCAGCAUUUAAAGUGGCCUUACUCUACUGAUGGUGUCUUUUGCAGGUUUAAGGACAGUGUCCAGACCCUUGGCUAUGUGGACAGCUUGAAUCGAGUGCACUGUAUCUCACCCUUGCUCUAUGAAAGCGGCCACAUUCCCUUCACCAUCUCACUGGACAAUGGCCGUUCCUUCCCCCGCGCAGGCACUUGGCUAGCUGCACAUCCCUACAAAGUAUCCGAGUCCGAGAAGAGCCAGCUGGUGAAUGAGACCCACUGGCAAUAUUACGGCACCGCGGCGGACACCGGCGGAAACCUCAGCCUCACCUGGAACGCCUCACUGCUGCCCAUGCCGGCUGUCACCAUUGAGCUGUGGGGCUAUGAGGAGACAGGAAAACCCUACUCUGAGAACUGGAUGGCAAAGUGGUCCUAUCUGUACUCUCUGACUAGAAACACCCCCAACUCUGGCUUCUUUACUUUCACCCCCGAACCUGCAUCUCCUGAGCACCAGAGGUGGAAAGUAGGUGCCCUGAGGAUCAGCAGCAGCGGGAACUAUGCAGGACAACAGGAUGUGCUAGCCCUCUGGACCAAUGAUCACGCGCUGGCCUGGCACCUGGGUGAUGACUUCCGGGCAGACUCUGUUACCUGGGCCCGUAAACAAUGCCUGGCCUGGGAGGCACUGGAAGAUCAGCUGCCCAACUUCCUGACAGAACUGCCAGACUGCCCCUGCACACUGGCCCAGGCCAGAGCUGACUCUGGCCGCUUCUUCACUGACUAUGGCUGUGACAUUGAGCAUGGCAGUGUUUGCACCUACCACCCAGGGGCUGUGCAUUGUGUGCGCUCUGUGCAGGCCAGCCCCAGGUAUGGCUCAGGCCAGCAGUGCUGCUAUACGGCAGCAGGCACCCAACUCCUGACCUCCGACUCCACGAGCGGCAGCACCCCUGACCGCGGCCACGACUGGGGUGCACCCCCAUACCGCACCCCUCCCCGUGUGCCGGGCAUGUCCCAUUGGCUCUAUGACGUCAUGAGCUUCUACUACUGUUGUCUCUGGGCACCUGAGUGUUCCCGCUAUAUGAAGCGGCGGCCCUCCAGUGACUGCCGAAGCUAUAGACCGCCACGCCUGGCCUCUGCCUUUGGGGACCCCCACUUUGUCACCUUCGAUGGCACCAGCUUCUCAUUCAGCGGGAGUGGCGAGUACGUGCUGUUGGAGGCGACGUUAAGUGACCUGAGGGUGCAGGGACGGGCCCAGCCUGGGAAAAUGCCCAAUGGCACCGAGGCCCGGGGCACAGGACUAACUGCAGUGGCUGUCCAAGAAGACAACUCCGACGUGCUAGAGGUGAGGUUGACUGACAGCCCUCAGGUCCUCCUGCAAGUGUUGCUGAACCAGAAAGCACUCAGUUUCACUGAACAGAAUUGGAUGGACCUGAAGGGUAUGUUCCUGUCAGUGACUUCUGAGGAUAAGGUAUCGAUCAUGUUGUCAUCGGGGGCUGGCCUUGAGGUCAGUAAACAAGGUCCUUUCCUGGGUGUGACCAUCCUGCUGCCUGAGAAGUUCCUGACCCACACUCAUGGUCUACUGGGGACACUCAACGACAACCCCAAAGAUGACUUCACCCUGAGCAAUGGCCAGGUCCUGCCCCCGAAUGCCAGUGCUCAGCAGGUGUUCCAGUUUGGAGCCAACUGGACUGUUUCCAGCACCUCUUCCUUGUUCACCUAUGACUCCCAGUUUCUGGUCGACAAAUUCUUGAACCAACCCAAGCAUGACCCCAACUUCAAACCACUCUUCCCCAAUGAGAUCACACUCAGACCCAGCCAGGGAGAAGAGAUGGACAAACUGUGUGAGAGUGACCGUUUCUGCAUCCUGGACGUGAUAAGUACAGGGGACCUGAGUGUGGGCAAUGCCACCCGGGCUGCCCACCAACUACACCAGCAGCGUCUGAAGAGCCUGCAGCCUGUGGUGUCCUGUGGCUGGCUACCCCCACCUUCGAAUGGGCACAAGGAAGGCUUGAAGUACCUGGUGGACUCCAUUGUCCGUUUCAGCUGCAAAAGUGGCUACAACUUGGUAGGGUCAGAGUCUAGCACCUGCCGAGCGGACGGUACCUGGUCCACGCCCACCCCAGAGUGUCAGCCAGGACGGAACUACACCGUGCUCCUGAGUAUCAUCUUCGGAGGCCUGGCCAUCGUGGCUCUGAUUUCUAUCAUCUACGUGCUGCUGCACCGCCGCAGGAAGAGGAACAUGAACAUGUGGAGUUCACAGCCCUGAGACAGGAGCAUGCUUGAUCUACAGCAUCAUGCCAUGUGGUCGCCAAGACCCAGCCUCCCAGGAGAGGCCCAAGUCACAUGUACCCUCGUCCUAUGAUUCCCACAUCUAAUUAUCUGUGCCUUCAACACGGUGGACCUAUUACCUGUGGCUAACCUGUCCUUUUGACUGAGGCAUGAUGCCAGGUAUUCUAACUCCUGAGCCUCACCCUCUCCUCCAUCUGUAACCUGCUCUACGUCUGUCUAGUGAUUAUGGCUCAGAUUCCUCAGACUUGAAGAAUCCUCUUCAUGUCUUGUCCUAAAACUGGAGUGCUUGUGUCCCAAGCCCAAAUACUCCUGCAUUGGAAGCUCACAAGUCCCUCACUCCCCAGGGCUUGAUAGACUGAGGCCUGGCGCCUGCCCUCCUGUGAGGGCCCCCAGAACUGAGCUGCCUUGGUUCCUGCACCGUGGCCCAACUUGAGAGCCCCGGGUAGGCCCAAUCCCACAGUGAGGAGAGGCCUCGGGGCCUGAGCAGAGAGAGCGAGUCCUCCGGCAGAAAAAGAGACACCCUUUGCUUAUCAGGCUUGUACUCGUACCUCUUCUGUAGCAGACUCAGGAAUACCCUUCCCUGCCUGUACAAGAAGAAAACAAGCUCACGUUACCUCUUCCCUGUGUGUGUCUGCU